AUGACGACACAAAUACCUUCAAACGAUGAAGAUAUUGACGAUCAAUUAUACAAUCGUCAACGGUAUGUAUUGGGUGAUGAUGCAAUGAAACGCCUACGACAACAUCAUGUAUUAAUAAUUAAUGCUGGUGGUUUAGGCAUUGAAAUAGCUAAAAAUGUUGUUCUUGCUGGUGUACAUAGUAUAACUUUACAAGAUACAAAUAAUACAAAUAUGUUAGAUCUUGCUACACAAUAUUAUUUACAUGAAGAAAAUAUUGGAAAGAAUCGAGCAGAAUGUAGUUUAGAAAAACUACGUGCAUUAAAUGAUUAUGUUAAAGUUCAUGUAUCAACAAAAUCACUUUCUGAUUGUACAAAUGAAUAUUUUCAACAAUUUACAUGUAUUGUUGUAACUGAAUGUACUCUUGAUGAAAUGAAACGAAUCAAUGAAUUAUGUCGAAUAAAUAAUAUUAUCUUUAUUAUGGCUGAUAUUUAUGGUGUUUUUUCACGAUGUUUUGUUGAUUGUGGAAAUCAACCAUUUACUGUAUUUGAUAAAGAUGGUGAACAAUCAAAAGAAGUAUUUAUUAAUCAUAUAUCACCAGAAGGAAUUGUUACAGUAGCAGGUGAUGAACGACAUCCAUUUCAAGAUAAUGAUAUUGUUUUAUUUCGAGAAUUAAUUGGAUUAGAAAACUUAAAUAAAUGUGAAAGAACUGUUAAAGAUCUUAAUAUUCAUCAAUUUUCUAUUGGUGAUAUAUCAUCUCUUGGUGGAGAAUAUAAACGUGGAGGAAUUGCACGUGAAGUAAAACAACAAAUACAAAUUAAUUUUAAAAGUUUAAAUGAACAAAUUAUUAAUCCAAGAAUAUUAACAAUUGAUGGCUCAGAUUAUUGGACAAAGAAUAUUACUGGAGAAAUACCACAAUUAAUUUAUGUACAUGUUAUUAUGUUAGCUAUAAGCGAAUUUAAACAAUUAUAUCACCGAUUACCAGAACCAAUUGAAAUUAAUGAGGAAAGUGAUCAAAUAAAACUUACAAAUUUAGCUAAAAAAUAUUUAAAUGAAUUAAUAUCGAAAGAUCAUUCCAUUGAUGAAGAUCGUUUUAAUCGUCUUAUUAAAUAUCUUUUAUAUUCAGCAAAAGGCUCAUUUGCUCCAUUAUGUUCGGCAAUGGGUGGUUUUGUUGGUCAACAAGUAUUAACAUCAAUUACUGGCAAAUUUACUCCAAUUCAACAAUGGCUUUAUCUUGAUGCCUAUGAACUGAUUAAAGAAAUUUCUUUCGAAGAAGAAUAUAAUCUAAUAAAAUCAAUAACACCAGAUCGAUAUCAAUCAUUAAGAUUAUGUAUUGGUGAUACGCUUGUCCAAUGUCUUGCAAAACAACGUUUAUUUAUGGUUGGUUGUGGUGCCAUUGGAUGUGAAUUAUUAAAAUUAUUCGCAUUACUUGGUGUCGGAAGAAAUGGACAAAUCACAAUAACGGAUCAUGAUCAUAUAGAAAAAUCCAAUUUAAAUCGUCAAUUUUUAUUCCAUAAACAACAUCUUAAUCAACCAAAAUCAACAAUCGCUGCAGAAUCAGCUCAUGAUAUGAAUAAAGAACUUAAAAUCAAAUCAUAUACAUUAAAAGUCGGUGUUGGAACAAGUGACAUAUGCUCGGAUAAAUUUAUUUCUGAUCAAACAAUAAUUGUUAAUGCAUUGGAUAAUAUCGAAGCAAGACGUUAUAUGGAUUCACGAUGUGUUACAAAUAAAAAACCUUUAAUUGAAUCAGGAACGAUGGGUCCUAAAGGACAUACAUUUGUUGUUGUACCAUUUAAAUCCGAAUCUUAUUCCAAUCAAAAUGAUCCCAUCGAUAAAGAUGUUCCAUAUUGUAAUGUUAAAUCAUUUCCAGCUAAUAUUGAACAUUGUACAAUAUGGGCAAGAGAAAAAUUUGAAAGUACUUUUCAUAUGAAACCAUCAUUAUAUAAUAGUAUUAUGUCACAAGCAAAUAUUUGGAGUCGUAUUAGUAAUGGAGAAACAAUUGAUGAUUUACCGAAAAUUUAUAAAUUUAUGAAACGAAAAUGUACAAAUUGGAAUGAAUGUGUGAAUUUAGCAAGGGAAAAAUUUGAUAAAUAUUUUUCACAUAAAGCACGAGAUUUAUUACAUAAAUUUCCAGCUGAUAUGGUUGAUGAUAAAGGAAUUCUGUAUUGGAAAUUACCAAAACGAGCACCGACUCCAAUUGACUUUGAUAUCAAUGAUGAUCUUCAUUACAAUUUUGUUUUAUCUUGUGCAAAAAUUUUCGCUAUCAUAUAUGCUAUUCCAGUACCAAACGAACAAAUCAAUAAUGUUGAAAAAAAUAAAAAUAUAAUUUCAGAAACAAAAAUUGAACCUUGGCAACCAAGAAAUAAAGUUAUUAUAACUGAUCCAACUGUUGCAAAACCAACACAAUCAAAACAUGAAGGUGAUAUCAGUACAGAUGAAUGGAAAUUUGCACAAGAGCGAACAAAAGAUUAUAAAGCUUCACCAAUUCCAUUUGAAAAAGAUGAUGAUUUUCAAAUAGAUUUUAUUGCAGCUGCAACAAAUUUAAGAGCUCAAAUGUAUGGACUUGAAGCAGGUGAUCGAUACGAAAUCAAACGAAUUGCUGGACGUAUUGUACCAGCAAUUGGAACAACAACUUCUACUGUAUCUGGUCUUAUUAUAAUAGAACUUGUUAAGUUAUGUCUCAGUCAGCUAAAAGAACUACCAUUAGAAAUUUACAGAAAUUUUUAUAUUAAUAUCGCAUUACCAUUCUUAAUUGCUAGUGAACCAUUAGCAUGUACAGUACAAAAAAUUGGAAAAUUUGAUGUUAAUAUUUGGUCAAGUUUUGAAAUAAAAGGAAAUCCUAAUAUGACUUUAGAAGGAUUUAUUCAAGAAGUUGAAAAAAAAUAUGAUAUUAAACCAGUAUUGAUUUCUGAAGGAGUUAAAUCAGUUUAUGCACCAUGGAUGCCAAAAGCAUCAUCACAACUAAAACGAAAAAUGGAUGAAUUACUUCCACACAAAGCUAAUGUAACAUAUUCAGAUUUAGUAGUUUUACCGGAUGAUAAUGAUAUGGAUGUUCAAACGGAUGGUAAUAGCGAAGCUACACCACCACCUAUUCGUUACUAUUUCAAUAGUUAA